AUGCCCCUCUGGAUGAUGCUCUGGGGUGGUUUUGCGGUGGUCUGCUCGUUUUUGGAGCGCUACGGGUCUGUUCUGGAUCUGCCCGAGCUGUCGUUCCCUCAGCUGGAGCGGUACUUACAGGAGACCUCAGCGGUUCCUCGGCCGCUGAUUGAGCUCCAUGUCAAACUACUGCGGAAGAUCGGCAAGUCGGUCACACCAGACAGAUGGGAGAAGUAUCUUGUAAAGGUGUGCCAGGAAUUUAACAGCACCUGGGCCUGGGAAAUGGAGAGAAAAAGCUACCUGGAAAUGACGGUAGCGUGUAAGACUGGCAUUUUAAAGUACUUGUGCGAGUGCCAGUUUGACGACAAUCUCAAGUUUAAGACAUUAAUCAACGAGGAAGACCCGGACAAGAUGCGUCUACAGCCCAUCGGUAGAGACAAGGAAGGUCUUCUCUACUGGUUCCAGUUAGAUCAAGAUCAGAAUAUACGUGUUUAUUCUGAGGAACAGGAUGAUUUGGAUGGGUCCUCAUGGAAAUGCAUUGCGAGGACUAGGAAUGAUCUUGCAGACACACUAGAACAGCUUAAAGCCAAGAUUGACCCAGCCGCGACGGACCAAGAGAAGCAAGACUGUCCCAUCAGCCCAAGUUUGGAGAAAAAUGGUGUUAAAGGUGAGGCUGAAGACUUGAAGAACCAUAUAUCCGGACAAGGAGAUUUUACCAACAGCACCUUCAAUUCCAAUGAGAGUGAGUUAAUUCCUAAAGACAUUAAGAAAGAACCAACGGAUCCCAUUAAACCAGAGCAAGAAGAGAAAGUUGCAGAAAUUCUUAAACCCAAAGUUGUCAUUGACAACAGGGUUAGUACGAUCAAAACUCUCGUCAAAGAAGAACCAAAAGAUUGUCCCAAACCAUGGAACGCCAUUUCCGUCGUCAUGCCCCCUGCUUCCGUCAAACACGACCCAGCGGUGAAAUCAGAGGUGCACGAAGACAAGAAAGAGCUGGUGUUUGAGAACGUGACUAGAGCUAUAAAGAGCGACCAACAGGCUAAAAUACCACUGAAGAAGAGGGAGUUGAAAAGGAGUGGAGGAUAUGAUGUCAGCAAUCACUACAGUAGCGUCAAUCACAACAACAACAACCUUAACAGCAACGGUAGCAUCAGCACAGGAGGUAUAAUCGUUCGCAAUCCCGCUGUCUUGCUACUGAAGGAGCAGCAAAUCGGCAGAGAAUACCCAAAUGAUGGGGAGAAAGGACCGACGGCCAUCAUCCCUGUCCCACAAGAGCCAAAGGUUGACAAAAUGGCAGCACGGGAACAAUACAUAGGUGUUAUCAAAGGUCCCAUUGAGCGUAAAAAGCCAUUGAAUGAAAACGAUAAUUCUUCAAAUGGUCAUCAUGGAAAUGGGAAUGUCUUGAAGACUGAAGUUGGAGUCACAGAUAGUUUAAGACAGUCUGUCCUUGUUGGGAAAUCCAUGAUUCAAGCAGACAACGGUCCUCUUCCUUGUAGCAUCCCUGAGGGUUUGUCAAAAGAUGUUUGCGGUAAGAGCCCAGAUGUGUCUGCGAAAGUGGAGAACCUUGUUGAGGAGUCGCCAAUGACUGAAGAGACCCCUUCAGUUGAGGAAAAGGUGGAAAAAGCUGACAACGAAGAAGAUGAGCUCGAAAGCAAGAUGGCUGGUUUGUCAGCUGGAGAAAAAAAUGAUGUUGUGGUUGAGGAUGUCAGCAAAGACAAAAGUCUGAAAAGCCCAAGAAAGAGACGGUUACAAAAGACCAAAUCCAAGCUGCAAGUAAGAAAAGAUGGGCAAAACGCUUCCAGCAUUGGAGAGGUUUUGGAAAAGGGUGCUGAAAAAAUUGGACGUGACGAUAACGAAGAGGUAUCAUCAGAACUUCAGAAGGAAGGGAUUCGCCUGAAGAUUAAGAUCCCGCUUCAUAGACGAACGCCUGAACUCCAGCACAUGGAUGUUGAAGAAUCGGAAACCAGCAAUCGGAGAUCACUGCGGAGAUCUGCCAGAAUCUGCAAGCCCAGCCCCAAAGUGGCAGAUAGUCGGGAUAGGAAACAAGACGGGAAACUUUUGGCCUCCUCAGCAGCUCAGGAGGAAGAGGAAUGCGUAGAAGACGAAGAGUCAAAAGUUCAUCCCAAGAAGGAGAUGCACAAAAAAGUGGACACGGAAGUACAGCCCAAGUCUUUUAAGGCCAAACGGCGACACCGGCGGAAAUGUUGGUCGAAAAUUCGUCCAAAGUCCAAAGGAGCUCAGGAGCGGGAAGAUGAAGUGGCUGACGACAAAUCCGCAAACAAUGAAGACAACAAAUCAGAGGAAGGAGACCACAAGAGUGAGAACGAAUCGGACCAAUCCAAUGAGAUUCCACCGGAAGAUGCUUGUAAACACUGUGGGCUCGCCAACCACCCAGAACUAAUCCUUCUCUGUGACAUGUGUGACAGCGGCUAUCACACGGCCUGUCUGAGGCCUCCUCUAAUGAUCAUUCCUGAUGGAGAAUGGUUCUGCCCUCCCUGCCAGCAUAAGCUUCUCUGUGAGAGGCUGGAAGAACAGCUUCAGAAUCUGGACACAGCUUUGAAGAAGAAAGAGAGAGCUGAACGGAGACGUGAGCGGUUAGUGUAUGUGGGUAUCAGCGUGGAGAACAUUAUACCCACCCCAGAUGGUGACGGAGAGGACAGCUUAACGGAGAAGAAAAAAGAUACCAAGAAGAGUAAGAAUCUGGGGAGGCGAUCGACUAGGACGAGGAAAUCCAUCAGUUAUAGAUUUGAUGAUUUCGAUGAAGCCAUUGAUGAAGCAAUAGAGGAAGACCUUCAAGAUCCAGAAGGAGGAGGCGCUGGUCGCGGUGAACCUCCGGCGCCCGUCACGAGUCAGCAGAGGAGCGCGGUGAGCCGAGAGAGUCGGCGGCCUGUGAAAGCUCCCGCCCCGCGCAGGAGGAAACGCCGGCGACUCAAUGACCUGGACAGUGACAGUACGCAGGAUGAGGAGGAGAGCGAGGAUGACUUCCAGCUCAAGUCUAUACUUUCUAAAGACUUUGAGCCAAAGGAAUCGCUUCAAAGAUCAGAAAAAGGACGCAAGUGUGAUUCAUCGAGGGAAGACUCCAAACACAGGCACAAACGAGAAAAACAGAGACAGCAGAGAAGCUCCAGUGAAGACGAGGAGGAGGAGGGAGGAGAAACAGAGGACUCUGAGGAAGACGAACAGCCCCUCCGCAAGAGGUCGAACCGCAUUGAAACAGACGAAGAAGAGGAGGAAGAGGAGAACACACGAGGAAGCGUCCGGUGGAAGCACACGGCGGGCUCUCGAGGUCCCGUCAGGCACAAUGGCUUGGUCCCCCUGAGGGCCGCAGCUCAGGAUGAUGACGAUGAUGAGGAUGAGGAAGAGUUCACUGGAGUCACGGACCUUGUUAACUUAGUUUUCGACAGUGAACAGUUGUCAUGAUCAGCUCAGUAGGUUAAAUAUGUUUUCUCAUCGCCUUCUCACGGGAAUGUCCCUCAUCAGCCACCGUAGUCUCCUGGUUUUGGGUGUAGUGGACCAAAAAUGAAGCUUCCAGACGAAUGCCGUAGUGUCCGUUCAGAUGUUUGAAUGCACUGUAGUUCAUCCAGCCGCAUGCAUUGUCCUACCGGUUUAGAACAGGGUCUUCUUAAUACUCCAGUCACCAUUCCUCAGAGUGAAGCACUUUGUCAUUUACGGCCAGUACGAUUUCGUUUGUAUAGCAGCUUCGGUCGUCCUCUAGAGACACUGGACGGCGUGCAUUUGAAGCUUACGUGUUACGUGCAUUUCAAACUGGUGUUUUAGACUUUUACAUUCUCCGUGUUGCUGUUUUCUUCUUUUUGUACCUGAAGGAAAUUUGGGAUUGACUUGUGAUGCCGACCCUUGCCUAAAUGCAUUCAUUCAAUUUAAGGAAUAGUUCACCCAAAAAUGAGAAUUUGCUGAAAAUGUAGAUGACUUUGUUUCUUCAU